AUGUCCAACUCCAACGACCCCUCUAACACGGACGAGCCCUCCUACAUCGACUACGAGGCCUUCCUCUCCCCCACCUUUUCUCCCUCCGCCUUCGCCAACACCCUCGUCCUCUCCACCAACAACCCGACCGAGCUCCCCCUCGAUCUCUCCACCCCCUUGCGGCGCGUCUUGUUUGACAUUCAAGAAAUUGACUCCCAUAUUGACAGCCUUACCACCCGCUCAUCCAUCCCGCUGCUAUCCCACACCAAAUCCCAGACCGAUGCCUCGGUGAAGAUCGUCUCCGAAGUCGACGCCCAGCUCAAGGCGCUGAACGAGAGUUACAAGCAGCUCGAGAAACAAGUGAUACAGAAACACUCCGAGGCCGAACAAGUAAAGCUCGUAGCGGCAAGACUAUGGGAAACUUUGCGGCUCGGGAGGGCAGUGGGAAGGGCCCUGCAAUUGGGAAGGCAGCUCGAGGUGCAGAAUGGGGAGCUUACUGGGUCAGCAACGGCAAGUGUGACGACUAGUGCUGCCAGUUUGAAGAGCAGGGAACGGCAGCAGGAUCAUAGGGCGUUGGUUAGGUGUACUCACACUCUUCUGCAGCUUAGGGAGCUGUUUGCUACUGUUGGGACACCUGGUGGGGAGGGGUACGGACUGGAGAAGGUGCUUGUUGUGCGGACGUUGAGGGAACAAAUUGUUGCGCCGGUGGAGAAGAAUGUCAGGGAGACGGCAGAGAGGAUAUCGAGGGAGUUCUCGGUUGGGAGCGCGAGUGGGAGUGCCACGUUUGCGCAGUCGGAGGAGAUCAAGGGACGGACGGUGUCGGCGUUGACAGCGUUGUAUCUGUUGACACAGGUGCCGACGAGGCCGAAUGAGAAAUGGGCACCCACACUGAUGUUGCAGGCGUUGGAGGGUUAUCUCAGGUCGGCGCUGCAGAGCAGCAUUGCCGGGCUUUCGAGGGCGCUGGCAAAUUUGGAUAGCUUGUCGAGGACGCUCGCGGAAGUUGGGGCGAGGUGUCAGAAUGUGGUUGCCCUCGAGGCGGUAUUGGAGGGAACAAAGGUGCCGGUCCAUCCGAUGCUACAGGGCAAGCAGCCAGUGCAAGGAGGAAAUAUGCUUCAGCCACUGCUUGCCUACCUGGAAACAGGAUCCCUGGCGAGCUAUUUCUGGCGCACCAUGGCGAGUAAUAUGGCGCCACGGGUUCAAGAAAUUGUGGCAAAGGGAAAUACAACGGCUGCUCGGACACUGAGGGCCAACAAGCAAAGCGUUGGUGAAGCUAUUCGGGAGUGCGUCAUCAAGGGGAGCCAACUGCCAAGCGUAGUGGCUGCUGCUGCGGCCAAGGGGAAGGGCAAGACUGGAGAUGGGGAAGCUGCCAGCAAGCAGUGGGAACGAGAGGUGGCUGUUAUGGUUGGGAGUGUUGUAAAUAAUCUUGGGAGGUGA